AUGACAGUUGCUGCUGGGGAAAAUAUUAAACAGCAAGUGAAAUGACACUUUGCAGGAUCUUGUAGAAGGGGUUUAAUUUGUUGGGGAAAGGUUAGUCAAGUCACUUGAAAGUAACAGCUGAAAACCUGUUAAACAUAUUUCUUUUCCCCUUCUCAAUGAAAUACUCUAAUAUCAGAGUGGGAUUUUAAGCUUUUUUAUUAUUAUUAUUAUUUGUGCUUGGCUGUGAAGUUUAAUUUGGGUAAUGAAGUCAUAAUUGGUACUCUGAGUUUUUCUUUCUCUUUUCAUAUGCUCUCAGUGGGAUUGGGCUCAAAAACAGAAAGGAGAAAAGUUGAAAUCCGUAAUAAAAGCAGGCUUUUUUUUCUGAACAAAUUAAUCAGAAAACAGCACUGCCAAAACAAGAAUAGAACUACUGCAACAGAUCAUCUCUCUUUUUGUUUUUGAGUAAUUUUAAAUUGCUAAGAAUUACGAAUUUGUACGAAUAGAGUGCCCCAAAGCCUCAGUUAAGACCAGCACGUGAGUCCUGAGGGAGGUAGCUCCCAGCGUUUAGCUUCAAGCUGUGGCACAGACUAACCCCGGCAGAGGAGCUGUAUAUACUCACAGGUGAUUGUUGUACAACGGUGUUUCAUUACUUACUCAGGAGCAGAGGGGAUAUCUGUGGCAGAGGGAAGAUGUUUCCCCCUUUCCUGUAAGAAGGGCUGAGCCAUCCCGAGAGCUCGGUGGUGUUAGUCACAUCACCCCUCCCUUCCCGCUCCCGGCUGAGCCACGGUCACUGCUUCCUUGUGAGAGCCCUGCUGGUCGGCUCUGCCGGCUGAUUCAUGCCGCUGGUUAGGCAAAAAAAAACAUUUACUCUACUGUAUCAGGGGACAGCUGCCUCUUCUCUGGUCUGGAGAGAGAUCCCUGGAAAUCAUGCUCCAAUGUUGUUUUCUGGAAGUGUAAACAAUGGAUGGUUAUAAUUACCAUUUUUCUAGUAAUCUUCCUGGUCAUUCUCAUCAGCCUAAUUAUUUAUUCUAAUGUUUACACAGACGAGGAUGACUACUGGGAUUCUGAUGCACUACUAAAUAGUGGAAAUUACCGCAAUUUUUCAGGAACAUUGGAAUUAAUGUGCGGUCUCCCACAUCUUUCCUCUGAAAACAUUACUAAGAGGUUAACAGACGUCUACAGUUCAUCUCCAGCUCUAGGACGUUAUUUUAGGUCAGCUCAGGUGGUUUAUUUCAGUAAUGAAAACUCCACUGUAUUAUAUCAGCUAGAGUUUUCUAUACCACCAUUGACAGAGGGGUUUAUGGAAAACACAAUGAACCCAGAUUUUAUAAGGAAUGUUCUGCGUCAAAAUAUUUAUGAUGAAGAUGAUGCUUUUGAUCCUGAGAUAUCUGAAUGUGACAGGUUAAAGCUUGACCCAACUUCUCUCACAUUAACAUAGUAAUGAUGGAAAGACGACGCCUCUUCCUCACCGUCUAGAGAGAUGGUCUUCUCCUAUCUGUUAAUAGCUCCCUACCCUGGGAUUACUCAUUCGGCAGAAAUUCUAAAGACAUUGUCCUGUAAAUACUGUCUGUGAAUCAAUGUUGUAAAUGAGAAAUGUGGUAUAUUUAUAACAGUGUUGUACUCGUAAACAUCACUACCUCCUUCUUUAUAGUUGUCCUGAUAUAUCAAUAACACAUUUCGCUCUUGUGAAAAUUGUGUCUUGCCUGACGCAUCUCUGUUUUGUCUUGCCUUACGAUUAAAACUGUUUUUCCCACAUGAGCUUUAAAAGCAGUCUUGCACAUGGUUCCUUUCUUCUGCUCUUGGAUUAUCCAAAAUUAUCUGCACAGAUUCAUCCUUGGUGCUCACUUCCUAUGCUCAGGUUUGUUACUUUCCCCCUGCCAUCUUCAUGUGCCUUGUUUCCCUGUUGUUCUUUCAUAGAAUCAUAGAAUCGUCUAGGUUGGAAGAGACCCUUGGGAUCAUCGAGUCCAACCAUCUACCCUACUCUACAAAGUCCUCCCCUACACCAUGUCCCUCACAAAACAGCCUGAAAACUUAAAUAUACUUCCUAUUCUCUCUAAUUGCAUGCAAGACCUUUGCUUCUUAACCGUCAUUCCUUUGUUCAUCCUACAGUCUUCCUGGGUAUCUAUUCUAUUUUUAUAUUCUGUAAUGUGAAAUAGAAAUGAAGAAGGAAGAAACAUGUCUUGUUCAUUAAUGCACCUGAAUGCAACAGGAAUCUUGAAAGGGCCACAUUAGCUGUGUGCUUUAGUAAUUAGCCACUAGUACUUGUAAAAAGACAGUUAUUUGAUGUGUAUUUGUAAAUUCAAAGAGAAACUAGUCUAUACCCUAAUUACACUCUCUGCCCCUGCAGGGGGGAUAAAAAUGAACAGGUGCAAGAUAUUUGCCUUAAUAAGGCAGCAAAUAGUUCUUGUUUACAAGAGAUCAGAUGAGAUGACCAGGGCCAAAAGGAAAGUCCAGAAGCAGGCCAUAUAGUCCUGUGUGACACGGGAGUUAUAGCCAGUAAUUGAUUGUAGCAUGAAAAUUAAAAAACAAGCAUUAACUUUAGACAGAAUGUGAUGGAUUCACUGCCAUGUUAGUGAAGUGUAGCUUCUUGUUAUUUGUUUAUAGCCAGUAUAACUGCUAGUACAGUUGGACAGACAAACAUACUUUAUGAAACCUUUUGUAUUGCGAGAAAUAUCUUACGGGAAAUUGUUUCUCUUUUUCUACUAUCACUGGUUUAUUUAAGGAGUAAUAUGACAAUUUUACUAUGCAUUAAAAUAUUUAUUUUUACUCUUAAA